AUGAUUGCGCCCGCUACUGGCCAAGUGGCUUCCUCCUUCGGCAUUGACAAUGAUGUUAUACUUGCACUCACAACGUCUAUCUUCGUGCUUGCAUAUGCCAUGGGACCAUUGUUUCUUGGUCCAUUGAGUGAGAUUUAUGGACGGUCACGCGUUUUGCAAUUGGCAAAUCUAUGGUAUCUCGUAUGGAAUCUUGUCUGUGGAUUCGCACAGUCAGAAUCCCAGCUUAUUGUUUUCCGAUUUCUUUCUGGCAUCGGAGGCAGCGCGCCUUUGUCGAUUGGCGGAGGCUUUCUUGGGGACUGCUGGCAACCACAUGAACGAGGAAAGGCUGUCGCCAUUUACUCCUUAGCUCCACUAUUGGGCCCCGUCGUGGGACCUGUCACAGGAGCCUGGGUGGCUCAAUAUUCGACCUGGAGAUGGGUGUUCUGGUCUACGUCCAUUGUGGAUGCAGCCAUUCAAAUCAUUGGAAUGUUUACACUUCAAGAGACUUACGCGCCUCUCUUACUGGAAAGGAAGGCAGAGCGGAUUCGCAGAUCGAUGGAUGCCGAAAAAGCGCCGUACAGAGAAAUCCGUACCGUUUUCGAAGGUCAAGAUCGCUCGACCAUCAUGGCGAAGUCGCUCAUCCGCCCUUUUGCACUCUUUGCCUAUGAGCCCAUCGUGCAACUCCUUGGCGUUUACAUGGCAUAUUUAUACGGGAUAUUUUAUCUAUUUUUGACGACAAUACCAUCGAUCUUCCAGGGCAUAUACCAGCAGCCGGUAGGAAUCGCCGGCCUUCAUUACGCUGCACUUGGCAUAGGACUGUCAGUGGCGUCCCAAUUAAAUGCGAGAACGAUGGACAAGGUUUACAUUUAUCUGAAGAGUAAAUACGGUGGAGUUGCGAAGCCGGAGUUUAGAUUGCCCGCUAUGGUUCCCGGAUCUCUGUUACUUCCAAUCGGGUGCUUGAUUGUAGGCUGGACUUCUCAAGCUCAUACUCAUUGGAUAGCUCCAGAUAUUGGAAUUGCGCUUGUGGGGGCAGGCAUCAUUCUGAAUUUCCAGUGUAUCCAGACCUACAUCAUUGAUUGCUUUACGCUUCAUGCCGCUUCUGCUAUGGCCGCUGUCUCCUGUUUGCGGUCACUAGCCGGCUUUGGAUUUCCCUUGUUUGCUCCAGCGAUGUACAAAGCACUCGGGUUCGGGAAAGGCGAUACUAUUUUGGCAGUGGUGGCAAUCGUCCUAGGCUGUCCUGCACCCUGGAUACUUUGGCAUUACGGGGAGCGGAUACGGAACAGCAGUCGAUAUGCGCGGUGA